AUGUCAGACUCGUUCGCAGACCUUUGGAACUUUGCAGUUCCUUCCAAACCUACUCCGCAACCUCAGAAGCUGGGCUCACUAUCCUCGCAAUCAAAUCCUCCUUAUCCUAGACAAACUCAGAACGAUCUAUUUGCCCAGCUUGCUUCCAGAGGCUCCUCAGUCUCCAAUUCUCGUUCAGCAACUCCCCCUUCAGCUAUCCCUGCUUCCUCUCACAAAGGCUUCGCGAAGCCUUCUUCCCAGAAUAGCAAUGGAGAUGCCUUCAGUGGACUUUUUGGUGCUGGUUCUUCUCUAGCUAGCAAUCGAUCUACGGCGAAUAUGACUAUAGCAGAACGAGCUGCACUGGUAGAAAAGGAACGAUUAGAGAGAUCGAUCCAACAACGUCAGGUUCCAAACCCUACACACUCCACUGCCUGGGAUGGUCUAGAUAGCCUUGGAAGUAAGACGUUUGCCACGUCACCUACGAAUUCUCACCUGCCUCUCGACCACGACUGGACACUUACAGCUCCUUCAGUGCUCAAAUCUGUGGUUUUGCCUCCAGUUCUAAAGCCGGAGGAUGAUUGGGGACUCGCAAAUCUUGCGAACACUUCCGCUCCAGCCACGACUUCCAAGCCAUCGCAUUCUGGAGCCGUUUGGGAUUUAGACGAGUUUUCUACCCUUGAUUCGACUAGUCGUGGUCUUGGGCCUGGAAAGUGGGACGGAGUCACUGCUAAUGACGGGCCGGAUGAUAUUCUCGGAGACUUGAGUCGACCUAUAGAGGCUAUACAAAGAGAAAAACAUGAAAACAGUCGUCGUAAUGUCGUAGUGUCUCCUCCCAAAUCACCCUCAUUACGGGAGCCCAGUCCCAACCGCAGUAAUUCUCCACCUCCUCACAUUCUUGGUCAGCUCAUCGAGAUGGGAUUUUCAAUUACCCAAGCUCGGACUGCGCUUGCUUCCACUGACUCAGGGCAAAACGUUCAAGCCGCUUUGGAUAUUCUGAUAUCAAACGGGGCUAUCGGUCCUGGAGAAGAUUAUGGUGACGAGGCGGGAAGUUUCUCCGGAAGAAAUAAUUCUCAGAAUCAACGCACUCCUUCUCCUCAGGAGGAACCAAAACCGCGUCUUCGUCGUGAUCGACAGAUCAUUCAAGAACGACAGCGCGAACGGAAUACAUCUUCCCCUUCAGAACUGGGAGGUCUACAAGCUGAUAAAAUCCUUGCGCAAGCCUCCGAAAUUGGGUUUAGUUUAUUCAAUCGCGCUAACGCGGCGUGGAAGGAAGGGAAAGAAAGGGUUCAGAAAGUCUAUGAAGAGAAGGUUGCAGCCACUGCAGAGGGGUCUACCAGCAGGAGAGGCAGUGGUCGUUCGACGCCACUGGCAAUGGCUACAAAGCCAAAGUGGAUGCAGGACAAUGAAGGUUUACCAGAUACAAUGAUUGAUCAUACCAAGAAAGAGGCACGACCUGUAGAGAAGCCAUCAUUCUCAACACAUACAGAGGUGGUGGACCUGUUUUCAGAUACCAGCAGUCCUGAAUCAUCCACAUCGCAAUUGACGAGCCAACCUUCGACUCUUUCCGUUGGGUCUUCGAAUGGUGUAUACGUUUCUAAAUUUCGGCACGCGAAGCCAAAGGUCUCCGACACAACUUCAGGAUCUGCAUCACUGUCGCCACACCCCAUUACUCUCGUUUCCGCCCCAGAAUCCACCAUUGCAUUAUCACAGGAGUCAAAAGCUUCCGGCGCUCACUUUUAUAAAUUAGGUGAUUUUCCUGCUGCUGAUACAGCGUAUACUCGUGCUAUCGAAGCCCUUCCAGCUGGACACGCACUGUUAAUCCCACUGUACAACAAUCGGGCGUUGGUCCGACUCAAGAUGGGUGAUGUCCAGGGCGUGAUAGCUGAUACCAAGAAGGUGGAAGAGUUAAUCGGAGGAGUAGGCACUGUUCGUGAAGAGCUCAGGAAAGGUGAUCUUGGAAAAAUUCCUGUCAAGGGAUCCAAACAAGGCUCUGGUGACGAUGUCGUGAUAAAUAUGCCUGAUGCUUUGAUCAAAGCUUGGAAGAGACGCGCAGAAGCCAUGGAAGGACGGGAGAAAUGGGAAGAUGCCGGUAAAGAUUGGGAAAAGGUUGCUUCCGCUGAAUGGGCCGGAAAAGCUGUUCGCGCGGAGGGAGCGAGUGGAGCAGGAAGAUGUCGAAAAAUGCAGCAAGGAGGCUCCUCUCACCAUACACCCAAGUUUAAGCCCAGCCCCCCUAUCCGACCCCCGUCUCAUCAAGUACCUUCGAUUCCGUCGCAAGCAUUGAAUGCUCUGCGUGCUGCUAAUGAGGCUGCUGAAGUAGAAGACUCUCACAGGUACAGAUUGAAGGAUGGUGUUGAUGCUAGACUUCAAAGUUGGAAGGGAGGAAAGGAGAACAACAUACGGGCACUUUUGGCGUCGUUGGAUACAAUCCUAUGGCCUGAAUUGGGUGUUCAGAAGCUGAGUAUGGCUGAGCUUCUCAACAAAGGGCAGGUGAAAGUGAAGUACAUGAAAUGCAUAGCCAAGGUUCAUCCAGACAAGCUCAACGAGGGUAACUCAACACUGGAGCAACGAAUGAUUGCAGCUGGAGUUUUUGGUGCACUUAAUGAAGCAUGGAAUGCUUUUAAACCAUAA